CUCCAUCAAGUCCAAAAAUAUACAUUCAUCAUGCCCACCCUCAGCGACUUCAUCUACACUCAAUUCCGCCUCACCAUCCCCAUACCCACCGCCUCAUUCGCCUCCAAGACUGUCAUCAUAACUGGUGCCAACGGCGGCCUGGGCAAAGAAAUCGUCACCCACACUGUCCGUCUCGGUGCCAGCAAAGUCAUCCUCGGGUGCCGGAGCAAAUCUCGCGGCGACGAGGCCAAGCAUGCCAUUGAAUCUACCCUUCAGUGUAACCCCGAGAUUCUCGAGGUCUGGGAGGUUGACCUCGAGUCCGAAGUUUCUAUCAAAAGUUUCGUGAACAAGGUUAAUGAACUUCCGCGCCUGGACGUGGUAAUUCACAAUGCGGGCAUCCAGGGCCAGAAAUUCAAGCGAGUGUAUGGAACGGAGCGCACGCUGGCGAUUAACUCCAUCGGUACAUUUCUUCUUGCGUUCCAGGUAAUCCCGAAGUUGAAGGAAACGGCAAGAUUGUAUCGGGUUACGCCGCAUAUGACGUUCGUCGGGUCAGCGUUGUAUGACGUGGCCAAGUUUCCGGAGGAUCAUGGGGGAGAUAUCUUUGAUUGGUACGCUGAGGAGUCGAGGAUGAGUGGUAUGAAUCAGUGA